GGCAACGUUGAUGGUAAGGACGGAUGGUCGUCAGCAAGACGUCAACUACGUUCUGGAUUUUUCGCAAAAACCUGGUUUUGUUCAGACAAGUAAGAAAAACGACACAAAAUAUCGCCCAGGCGGUAUGUUCUGUGAAAAACGACUGAAAAUAAACAGAAAACGGCGAUUGAUCCGAAUCUGAAUAUCGGACAUAGCGUGAAAAACCUUGCUGCUACGUUCCAGAAUUUUUCCAUCGUAAUCAGGUCAACAAUUAAUCAGGACAAAAACAUGUUUUUUUCCAUAAUCGGAGCAGGGCUGGUGGUGUAUGGGUGCUUCUACACGCUGGCGACGGCAAUUUUCGAUUGCGACGUCCAGUUGGGUUUUCUGGAAGUGUUUGGAAAAUCUCCAAGGCGUCUAAAGGGCAAAGUGGCCUUUAUAACGGGGGCUUCGAGCGGAAUCGGUGAACAUACGGCCUAUGCUUUGGCCAAGGCCGGCGUCCGUCUGGUUUUAACAGCGCGCCGAAAUUUGGAAUUGCAGCGAGUCAAGCAGCAAUGCCUAGCUGUUUCUCUGGGGCAACUUGCCGAUAAGGACGUUCUGGUCAUCCCCAUGGAUGUCCUGGAUUUUGCCUCGCACAAAGCGCACUUUCAGUAUGCUUUGAGGCACUUUGGGACCGUGGAUGUUCUGGUGAACAAUGCAGGCAGGUCGCAAAGGGCUCUCUUUGAUGAUACAGACUUGGCGGUCGACCGACAAGUGUUUGAGCUGAACGUGUUUGCGGUCAUCAACUUGACUAGAGUGGCCCUGGCCCACUUCAGCCAAAAGGGCCAAGGGCAUGUUGUGGUCGUGAGCAGUGUGGCUGGCGUUCUGGACGUGCCAUUUUCAGCCUCCUACACCGCUUCCAAGCACGCGUUGCAUGGCUACUUGAACAGUCUCAGGGUGGAGAAGAGCCGCAAGAACAUCCACGUUACGCUCUUGUGUCCGGGCCCAGUCUUCACCAACUUCCUGAGCGAGGCUUUCACGGAUAAAGACGGCGAGAAGUUGGAUGGUUCCACAAGGUCAACAGACAAGAGAAUGAGCGCCCAAAGAUGCGGACAGCUGAAUGCAGUUGCGAUCGCUAACAAAGUGAGCGAGGCCUGGAUUGCCCGGUUCCCAAUGGUUCCGAUGGUCUACAUCGGCGUCUACUUCCCCAUUCUGUUAAAAGUGGCGUUGCGGCUAGUCGGACCUGAGAAACUGUUCGCUGCCAGGGACAGCAAGGAGUUUGGCCCCACUGAGACUAAAGAACUGUAGAUGCACUUUCCACUAUCGGGGACUUGCAACGGUGUUGGCCCACUACUAACUAACUAAUCAGGCUUUGGUGCUUUUCCCCACUAAUACCUUUAACUAAGAACCCCGACCUCCGACUGAUACUAAUAAAGGGCUUUAUUUAAGAGCA